CAGCUGCUGAGCUCUGUGAACAGACAGCUUUGGGAUCUCCACUUAACUGCUGACGGAGUAGUUAAUGUUACUUCAAUUUAAGGUUUAUUUUUUUAUUUGGGUUUUUUUCUUUUUUAAAUUCAAGACAUGGAUCAGUGCUGGUACCAUGGAAGCAUCACUCGUUCAAAAGCUGAGGACUUACUUUCUAAAGUAGGCAAGGAUGGAAGUUUUCUCGUUCGGGCCAGUGAGUCUGUCUCUUCAGCUUACGCCCUCUGUUUGCUGUAUCGGAAUUGUGUAUAUACCUACAGGAUUCUACCAAAUAAAGAAAAUAAACUAGUGAUUCAGGCAUGUGAAGGUGUUCCAGUGCAAUAUUUCAACAACUUAGAUGAACUGAUAGAGUUUUACAAGAAAGACAAUAUGGGGCUAGUCCGGAGCCUUAAAUUCCCAGUCCCACAUGAAGAAGAGGAGACAACAGAUGAUCUGGAAGAAGAUCUGGAUCCUUUGCCUGUCCCACCCAUAUUACCUCCACGCAGCAUUUCAGUUCCAGUAAAUGAAACAAAGGAAGAUCUUUCACCCAAUGAUUAUACCCAGAUGACAGAAGUCAGCACACCACCUCUUUCUGAAAUCUUGCUCCAGCGAUUACAGCACCAAGAUACCAGCAAUAUUCCAGAAGAGCACCUCAAACUUAUCCAGGAUUAUUUGCGAGUUCAUAUAACCAAUGAUCUUGAAACCGUACAACUGGGCUCAUGGAAUCUCCCUCAGCUGAAGAAACUACUUGCAGGACUCUGCAAAGGACUCUUCAAUGAGUUGUCUCGGACUCUUCCUUCUCUGGAAUCUAUACAGAUGGUGUUUGACCAGCAGCUUUCCCCAGGUACUCAUCGACCUUCUCAGCCAUCUUUUGAAGUCAACCGUGCAAAAUUGGCUCAGUUGGCAAGUUUGCUUUCUUCCAUAGAGGAUAAGGUGAAAAAAGUAUUGAUUGAGGGACCAGAUUCAACACAUCGACGUUCACUUAUCCCUCCUGUUACCUUUGAGGUGAAGCCAGAUUGUCUUGGGAUUUCUUCCAAAAUUCAUCUUAAAGUUGAUGUUGAGAUGGGAAAACUUAUUAUUAAGAAAGCGAAGGAUGGUCCUGAAGAUAAGUUCUAUACCCACAAAAAAAUCCUACAGCUCAUUAAGUCUCAGAAGUUUCCUAACAAGCUGGUGAUUAUUCUGGAGACGGAAAAAGAGAAAGCACAAAGAAAAGAGUAUGUCUUUGCUGACUCUAAGAAAAGAGAAGGCUUCUGCCAGCUUCUACAGCAAAUGAAGAACAAGCACUCUGAACAACCAGAGCCUGACAUGAUCACCAUCUUCAUUGGGACCUGGAAUAUGGGUGAUGCUCCUCCACCAAAGAAGAUCAGUUCCUGGUUUCUCUCCAAGGGACAGGGUAAGACCCGUGAUGAGACAGCUGACUAUAUUCCACAUGACAUCUAUGUGAUUGGAACACAGGAGGACUCCUUGGGUGAAAAAGAAUGGCAAGAAAUUCUAAGGCAUUCCUUGCAGGAAAUUACCAGCAUCAGCUUCAAAGUGAUAGCAAUCCAUACUCUCUGGAACAUCAGAACAGUUAUACUGGCAAAACCUGAACAUGAAAAUCGCAUAAGCCACCUCUGCAUUGAUACUGUGAAGACUGGAAUUGCUAACAGGCUGG